AUGUCCAUCCUCUCUUCAGACUCCUCCCCUUCUUACUCCUCCCCAUCCUACUACUCCUCCCCAUCCUACUCCUCCACCUCCCCUCCUUCCACCAACUCCUCCUCCUCCUCUUCCUCCUCCAAGGGUCUGUCCACAGGAGCAGUCAUAGGCAUAGUGGUGGGCGUGACUCUGCUGCUGCUGCUGCUCGGGGGAGUCGGUCUCUUCCUCUGGUUCAGGCACAAGAGCAAGGCCAGUGGGGCCGAUAAGCCUGGCCAGGCGUACGGGGGAACUGCGGCAGCGGAGGGGGAGGCCUUGGGGGAAGUGGAGGCGGGAGCGGGGGGUGGGGAGGUGGGGGAGGGGGGAGCGGGGGGAAUGGCAUGGCGGCUCCUGUGGCAGGGGGAUACGGGGGAUCGGGAGGGGCAGGAGGGGGAGGAGCAGCAGCAUAUGGGGCGGCAGCAGCAGGAGCAGCGGGAUCGUAUGGGGCGGCAGGGGGGGGAUAUGCGGCAGCAGCAGGGCCUCAGGCGGGGAUGGGACCCGGGUCUGGAUCCGGGAACGUCAUUCACCCCAUGUACAUGGGAAGUAGCAGCCAUGGCGACUAAGCUCCACCCCAACCUGGUGGCAGCGAUGGCGACAAAGCACCAUCCCAACCUCGUCCGCCUUCUAGGCUACUGCAUCGACAUGCACCCAGCAGCACCGCACUCCACCACCGGCGACCUGAGCAUGGAGCAAAUUGUAGUGUACGAGUUCAUGGCCAACGGGGACUUGGAGCGGUGGGUGGGGGAGGGGGCAGCACAGCCGCUGGGCUUAGCUGAGCGGCUCUCAGUGCUCAUCGGCACGGCUCAUGGCUUGGAGUAUCUGCACCGCUUUGGCAUCGUGCACCGUGACAUCAAGCCCGCCAACAUCCUGCUCGAUGACAAGCUCGAGGCCAAGGUGGCAGACUUUGGGGAUUGCUUGGGAGGGAGUGAUGGGCACACGGUUCUACCUGGAACCUGCCUAUUCAACUCCAGCAAGUCCCGCAUGGCUGAUGUGCACAGGUGCACAGAGCGGUGGAGUGAGGUACAGACCAGUGCUAACCGUUACAGAGUGGUGGAGAGAGGCGGAGUCGUAGUUGUUGCGGCCGGCAAAGCGGAGGAAUUAAAAGACCCACGAUUGGACGUCCCGGCAGAUUUGAUUCUGCGGUUGGCACAGCUGGCGCUGCGCUGCACGGGCAUGCCGACCGUGUCUCGUCCUGACAUGAUCCAGGUGGUAUCUGAGCUCACGGCGCUCAGGAAGGAGUUUCUGGGGAAGGUGUCAUCUAGGAUGGCUGAGAGGAUUGAUGAGGAGGUGGAGUCCCAGAGAGUUGGGAAUUUCAGUGCGGAAAUAGCGAUGAUUGAAAGGCUGGCGUUUCAGGGUAGCACCAGUGCAAUGAGCAUUCGCUGA